AUGGGUGUGAGCCAUGACAACGAUCACCCGUCCUGCGCCAACAGCCUGCACAUAAUGUCGGGCGAGUGGAUCAAAGGGCAGAAUCUGGGCGAUGUUUCCUGGUCUCGCUGCAGCCGUGAAGACGUGGAGAGGUUCUUGAGGUCCAAAUCCAGCAGCUGUCUUUUGCAGACAGACCCCCUAAGUCUGAAUUCCGUGAUCUUGCCAUCCAAACUCCCAGGCAUGUCCUACACUGCAGAUGAGCAGUGUCAGAUCCUCUUUGGGCCAACAGCAUCUCACUGCAAGAGCAUGCAGCACGCAAUGUGUUCUGGCCUCUGGUGUCGUGUUGAUGGAGAGCAGGAGUGUAAAACCAAGCUGGACCCACCCAUGGACGGCACUGAGUGUGACACGGGAAAGUGGUGCCGAGCCGGGGAGUGUGCGAGUGGGACGGCGCAGCCGGUGAACACCAUAGGCCAGUGGAGUGCCUGGGGCCCAUGGGGGCCCUGCAGUCGAACCUGCGGCACGGGGAUCGAUACCCGGCAGCGCAAGUGUGAGAGCCCAAGAUCCAGCAGGAUAGUAUGGGACUGCAUGGGGCCAACGAUACAACAGAAGCUGUGCGAGAACCUCCCCUUCACCGGGCUGCCUGGCUUCAGGGACUUACAGUGCCAGACAUUCAACCGGCCAUCGCUCCGCUGGUACGCCGUCAUGGAUGAUGAGAGGCCGUGCACCCUCUUUUGCUCCACAUCUGGGAAGGAGCAGCCCGUCCUGCUUGCAGACAAGGUCCUGGAUGGAACCCGGUGCGGCCCGCAGGAGUCCGGCGUUUGUGCCAACGGGACUUGUCAGAAAGUGGGCUGUGAUGCCAUCCUGGGGUCCCUGGCCAGCGAGGACCACUGUGGAGUUUGCAAUGGGAAUGGCAAGUCCUGCAAGGUCAUAAAAGGUGACUUCAACCAGACCCUUGGACCAGGCUAUGUAGAGGCGGUGGUCAUUCCCACUGGGGCUCGGAGGAUCAGAGUCGUAGAGAAGAAGCCCACUCAGAGCUACCUCGCUCUCAAAGAUGCCAGCAAGCAAUCGAUUAACAGCAACUGGAAAAUCGAGCUUCCGGGCACUUUCAACAUCGCCGGGACGACGGUACACUAUGUCAGAAGGGGUCUGUGGGAGAAGAUGUCUGCCAAAGGUCCCACCACUUCCCCACUGCAUCUUAUGGUGCUGCUCUUCACCAACCAGAGUUGCGGGAUCCACUAUGAAUACACCAUCCCAGUUGAGGCGUUUGUGGGGCGGGCCAGCGAGCCUCUCUAUAUGUGGACCCACUCCGGUUGGGAAGACUGCCAUGCUGUGUGUGGAGGAGGAGAAAGGAGGACCAUGGUGACCUGCACUGAGAUUGUCAACAAGACAACGAGCGUGGUGGACAGCCGGAAGUGCAGCCACCUGACGAGACCAGAGCCACAAGUACGCAAGUGCAAUGAGCAGCCCUGCCAGACCAGGUGGAUGAUGACAGAGUGGACAUCCUGCUCGAGGACCUGUGGGAAGGGUUCCCAGAGCCGGCAAGUGGCCUGCACCCUGCAGCUACGCAACGGUACCCUAGUAAAGGCCAAGGAACGGGACUGCAUGGGCCCCAAGCCCGCGACCAGUCAGCGGUGCGAGGGCCAGGAUUGCCUGACCGUGUGGGAGGCUGGCGUGUGGUCUGAGUGCUCAGUGAAGUGCGGCAGAGGGGCUCGGCACCGGCCUGUGAAAUGCACCAACCCGCGGCGCAAAUGUGACCUGUCAACUGUGCCGCGCGAGGUGGAGGACUGCGAGGACUACUCCAAGUGCUACGUCUGGAGGACUGGAGACUGGGCCAAGUGCUCUGUUACCUGUGGCAAAGGCAUGCAGUCGCGUGUCAUCCAGUGCAUGCACAAGAUCACGGGGCGCCACGGAAACGAGUGCUUCUCAUCCGAAAAGCCGGCGGCGUACCGGCCGUGCCACCUGCAGCCUUGCAACGAGCGCGUCAAUGUCAACACCAUCACUUCGCCGCGCCUCGCCGCCUUGACAUUCAAGUGCCUUGGGGACCAGUGGCCGGUGUACUGCAAGGUGGUCCGGGAGAAGAACCUGUGCCAGGACAUGCGAUGGUACCAGCGCUGCUGCGAGACCUGCAGGGACUUUUACGCUCAGAAGAUGCAGCUGAGAAGUUGACACCACCAGAGAAGGACGGUUUCACUUUAUUUAUACCA